AUGAAGACCGUCGACCAGCUUAUGCGAAAAUCCAUAAGCCUGUACGGAGACGAGCUCUGCUUCGGCUGGAGGGAAUGUUUCGGCGCGGAAGAGGAGGUCCAGCCCGACGGCAAAGUUUUCAAAAAGAUCAUCCAAGGCGACUACAAAUGGAUGUCGUACUGCGAGUUCGAUCGCAGAAUCGAUCUCGUCGGUAAAGGUUUGAUGUCGCUCGGCGUCCGCCCUCGGCAAAACGUUUGCAUCUUGGCUGAAACGAGGAUGGAAUGGAUGCUAUCAGCGCAAGCAUGUCUUCGAAUCAACAUUCCCGUCGUGACGCUAUAUGCCACUCUGGGGGAAGAAGGAAUUAUUCACGGUAUCAACGAGACGGAGAUCACUCACCUCAUCACGUCUCAGGAGCUUCUGCCGAAAGUCAUCAAAUUAUUGCCGCAGCUGCCCUCAGUGACGCACGUGAUAUACAUGGAAUCUAAACUCGAGAAGGAAAAGCCGGUCUUCCCGAGUGGAGUCCAUUUCAUCGUUUUCUCUCAGCUGGAAACCCUGGGCGAGAAGGCCGAUCAGGAACUGCGAGGCGAAACCCCCUCACCCGAUGACACAGCGAUCAUCAUGUAUACGAGUGGCUCAACUGGAACUCCGAAAGGGGUGAUGAUAACCCAGUCUAACAUCGUAGCCACAGCUCGCGGUUUCCAGACCAUCAUGCCCAGCGUAAGUUCCAUCGAAUGCUUCGGGGAUUUGCGAGGAGAUCCGGGACAUGCCUACAUCGCUUAUCUGCCCUUGGCGCACAUAUUCGAAUUAUGCAGCGAGAUCGUGGCGCUCUCCCUCGGUUUGCGAAUCGGAUUCGCGUCGCCUCUCACCCUCACGGAUAAAUCGACCGGCGUGAAGGCCGGAGCUAAGGGAGACGCCACCUUACUCAAGCCGACCGCGAUGGCCUCGGUGCCCUUGAUCCUUGACAGAAUCCGGAAGAGCGUCUCUGAGGUCGCCAGAUCAAAAGGAGAGUUUGCUCACAUGUUCUUCAAGCACGCGGUUUCGUACAAAAUGUUCUGGCAGAAACUCGGGUACGACACGCCGAUUCUCAACGCAAUGGUCUUCAGCAAGAUGAGAGCUCUCGUCGGAGGACGCAUCAAAGUCAUGGCCACCGGAUCCGCUCCUCUCCCUGCCGACACCCACGCGUUCAUCAAAGCCAUCCUGUGCUGUGACGUUGUGCAAGGAUACGGUUUGACAGAGACCACAGCCGCAGCCUGUGGGACCGAGCUGACCGACACCCGUUUGGGCUGUGUCGGGGCUCCUCUGACAGGAACAGUACUCCGUCUGGUCGAUUGGCCCGAAGGGGGUUAUUUCAGUACGGAUCGACCCAACCCCCGCGGAGAGAUCGUCGUCGGCGGUGCCACCGUCUCCAAAGGCUACUACAAGAACGAACAGCUGACGAGAGAAUGCUUCAAGGUGGAAGACGGCACCCGAUGGUUCUAUACCGGCGACGUCGCCGAGGUCUUCCCCGACGGAACCGUCAAGGUCAUUGACCGUAAGAAAGAUUUAGUGAAACUGCAAUUCGGAGAGUACAUCUCGCUCGGCAAAAUCGAAGCGCUACUCAAGUCUUGUCCUCUUGUGGAGAACGUGUGCGUAUACGGGAGCUCGAUGCAUACCUACUUGAUAGCGCUGGUGGCUCCGAACGAAAAAUAUCUCGAGCAACUAGCGUCAACUCUCAACAAAGAAAAUCUGUCCUUCGAGGAAAUGUGCGAAGAUCCGGAGAUCGUGAACGCUGCCAAGCGGGAGAUCCACGAGCACUCGAAGAAAUGUCAGCUCCACAAAAUGGAGAUUCCCACCAAAGUCAAGCUGUGCUCGGAAUCGUGGCAGCCGGACACCGGCUUGGUCACGGCGGGUUUCAAGAUUAGACGAAAGCAGAUCACUAAUUACUAUCAGAAGCACAUCGAUGAGAUGUAUAGCAAGUCUACUUGAGAAGGAAAAAAGGCAGAAGUCCGAUAUUUCAGAACAAUUUGACAGGACCGCGUAUUGUUUUGGGGCUUUGACGUUAUCAAUGUCGGAGCGUCCGACGGGUCCAGCAGUAGUGAAAGUAGUAGUCGUUAUAGCUUCCGGAUUGUCGGAGUUUCUGAGCGGAAACAAAAAAGUGCAACAAAAAAGGGAUCGGAACGAGAUCCCCCCGUGCAAGUGUUCUUCUUGAGAUCGUCUCGAAUUUCCCCAAGUGUUGUUUUAUGCAUGCACAUGAACAAUAACUUCAAAGUGAGAAUUGCUCAAUUAAAUAAUGAAGAUAAAUAAUAAAUAUCUGAGGCUUGAUUUCAA